GCAUUCUUUUUUUAAUGAGGCUGAAUUUUAUUUAUACCAAUAUAAAAAAAAAAUAUCCGAUAAUGUAGCCUAUAAAAUAGUUUGUGUGUGAUAUGCGACCUAUGCUGCCAUCCAAUCUGAAGAAACGUCCGCCUCUCCUUCUCCACACGCUCUGUAAUAAUCCACCACUCCUCGUCGAGGUUCAGCACAUUAGCAAUUUCUUCGGUCUUUGAAGGCUAGCCUACGAAUCCCUUUUUUUUUUUUACUUUAUUUUUGUUGGACUCCGAAUCCUUUCAAGUUUCAGCUAUUGCAAGCAAGCUAGGUGGAAUGGAGCGACGGCAACAACAUUUCCUUUUGGUGACUUACCCGGCCCAAGGCCACGUCAACCCGGCUCUCCACCUUGCCAAACGCCUCGCCCGCACCACCGGCAGCCGCGUCACCUUCUCCACCGCCAUCUCCGGCCACCGCCGCAUGUUCCCGUCCUUGGCCAAACCCGACGAGGAAGUAGAAGACGGCCUCGUCUCCUACAUCCCCUACUCCGACGGCUACGACGACGGCUACAAAGCCACCACCGACGACGUCAAUACGUUCAUGUCCAAGAUCAAGCUCGCCGGAUCCAGAACUGUCUCCACCCUUGUCCAGGACCUCGCCGCACGUGACCGCCCCGUGUCUUGCUUAAUCUACACCCUCCUCAUGGCGUGGGCCGCGGAUGUGGCACGUGAUCAUGGCGUCCCCUCUGCCCUCUACUGGAUCCAGACUGCCACCGUCUUCGCCACCUACUACCACUACUUCCAUGGCUACGAUGAGCUCAUCACCUCCCACAGUCACGACCCAGCGUUCACUGUGAAUUUACCUGGGUUGCUACCGCUCCAAAUUCGGGACCUCCCAUCCUUCUUCACCAACACCAAUCCCGAAGAUCCCUACUAUUCAGUCCUUGCUGGUUUUAGAGAGUUAUUUGAAAAACUGGAUCGGGAGGAGAAGACGAGCUCGAAGCCAAGAAUUCUAAUGAACACCUUUGACGCACUGGAGACUGAUGCAAUCAAGGCUAUCGAUACGAUGGAACUCAUCGCGAUAGGGCCACUGGUCCCGUUCCUUUCGUUGGAUGGCACGGAUUCAAACGGCACCACCAUCUCGGAUGGCGAUCUCUUCGAAGCGGAUAACAAGGGAUACAUGGAGUGGCUCGACUCCCAGCCGGAGAGAUCGGUCGUCUAUGUGUCCUUUGGAAGCAUUUCGCUGAUAAAGAAGCAACAGUUGGCGGAGAUCUCAUGGGGGCUAGAGGAGAGCGGGAGGCCGUUCCUGUGGGUGGUGCGGAAGGACAACAGAGGGGAAGGGGUUGAGCUGGAGGACGGAGAGAAUGGGAUGGUGGUGGAGUGGUGCUCCCAGGUUAAGGUGCUGUCCCACCCCUCGGUCGGGUGCUUCGUGACCCACUGCGGAUGGAACUCGACAUUGGAGAGCUUGGCGUGCGGCGUGCCGACGGUUGGCGUGCCGCAAUGGACUGACCAAGCGACGAAUGCAAGACUGGCAGAGGCGUGGGGGACGGGGGUGAGGGGAGAGCUUAGCAAAGAAGGGGUGCUUGAAGGGAAGGAGUUGAAGAGGUGUGUGGAGGUGGUCAUGGGAGAGGGGGAGAGAGGGAUGGAGAUCAGGAGAAAGGCAGAGAUCUGGAGGGACAGAGCACGGGAGGCCGUCCGUGAAAGGGGAUCAUCUGAAGGGAAUCUCAGGAAUUUUGUGGACGGCAUCGCAAGCGACCAAUGAAAACGGCAGAAGACAAUACUAUAAAGGUAAGCUAUAAUUGGCUAUUGAGAACUUCAAAGCUGCCCUUGCAAUGGAGCUUCGUCAUUGUGCUUAUAAUGCACAUCUUCAUCUAAGGUCUUGGUUAAACUUGGCAAAAGAAAAGAUGCUAUCAAAAGUUGCAUGGAUGGAGCAAGAUUGAUAGAGAGCUUGUGGAAGCAUUGGCCUAGGUUUGCUAUGGAGCUUCAAACUUCAUGUUCUUUUUGGAAUGCUUUGAUUAGUCUUUCUGAACUAAAUGUAUCUUAAGCCUUAAUUAGAAUUGGUUGGAUUGGGUGGCCUAAAACAUUAUUAUCAA